AGGCCGGGGCCCCGCGAGCUCCCUAUAAGUAGGACCAAAGGGAGCUGACCUCUUCACAAACGACCGGAGCAGAGGCAGACAACCUCACGCCUCCCGCUCCCCAGACCAGGAGAAGACGCGCAGACACAGGCUGAGCUAAAAUGAUGAAGAUGAUGACUUUAUCCCAAACAAACCCCUCAAUGUCUCUCCAAUAUGAGUCUGGAACCAGCCCUGUUGGCAGAAAGCCCUCGGCAGUGUCAGAAACAGAGUCUGACUCAACUUCCCUGGCCUCCUCUGAGGAUCUCUCUCCCCAAAAGGAGGGGGGCUCAAUCCCAUUCAAAGAAGAAGAAAAGAAGAAAAAGAAGAAAGGAAUCAUAAAGAUGUUUGAUGUGUUUGCCAAAGGGAUAAGAAGAAAGAGUCAUUCAGAACCCACUGCUGAAGUUCCAGAGACCGAGGUCAAGCCUGAUGCCCCACCUCCCACAGUGGAGGAGCUCUACUCGGCGCUAGAGCAAGGGCGGCUGGAUAUGGCACAUCACCUUUUGAUGCUGGAGCGGGCACUGGUACGGGAUGCAGCCGGGAUGAAUGAGGAGGAUCUCAUCCGCCAGCAAAGCAAGGUGGAAGCCUUGUAUACCCUGUUGCGAGUAGCUGUGUUGUCCGUAGCUCACCGGCCUCUGGAGAAGGAGCCUGGGCUUCUGCACCAGGCCCUGAAGAUCAUCCUGGAACAGGAGCAGGAAGACCAGCGGGUGGUGGCUGAGGCAAGGGAGCCCUCUGCUCUGGCCACCACUCGGCCCCGGCAUUGGCUCAGGCUGUGGCAAGAAGGCGUGAGACGCUCUGUGGAGGAGCGGAUGAAUCGGACCCCCUCCACGACCCUGGAUGCACCCAGGCCCAGGGGCUCGGAGGCUGGCUCGGAGGCUGCCCAGAGCUUCAUACACAUGGGCAAGACAAUGAAGGAAGACCUCCUGGUUGUGGCCCAGCGCCUCCAGCCUCUCUAUCCAGCUGAGUUCGAUGUGUUCCGCACCUAUGCCCAGAACUACCAUAACUAUUUCUCGGCUCAGCUCAACUCCAUGGUUCAGUUCGAGCUUAAUGAGCAAGACACCACCCUGCUGCUUCUCUGGGUGCAUAACUUCUACCCCAAUGACAUCAUCAAUAAUCCAAAGCUAUCAAAGGAAUUUCAAGGAGCUGACUUAGGGAGCCUCCUGCCACCCAAAGAGAUCCACAAACUGGAGGUCACCUACCUUUCUAAUGAGAUGGCAACCACCCAGGAAUUGAUGAUGCGGGGACUGGAGCUAGAAGUGAAGAGAUGGUCAGAAGACAAGGAGCCCAUGAAACUAGAAGGGUGCUUCCACAGUGAACUCCCAAUUGACAUCAUCCAGAUUAUCUCCGGGACACAAUUAAAGGCUGAAAACAUCACAGUGGCUCUGGGCAAACAAAUAAAACCUCUGCUGAUGGCUAAACUCUCCUUCUUCUUGAAAAGCUACCAGCAAGCCUUUACAGACUUCACGGAGAAAAACAAACAAAAGCAUUACAGAGCCAUCAUUAUAGCCAACAUCAACAACUGCCUGACAUUCAGGACCUUCUCUGACAAGGAUUCAGAGGUUCCCAGCUAUAUCUUCUACCCCCUGAGUGAAAUCGAGCAAAGUGGUUUCAACAUUCUCCUCCAAGACCUGUUCCUGGAACUAAAGAGUCUGUUCAAGAAGCUGACACAGACCCGCUGGACCACUCAUGAGGAAACUGUGGCAGAAAUCAUUAAGAUCACCAGUGGCUAUCUGCCAGAAUUCAAGGCCCUAAGAAAACAGUACCAAGAGGACAUCAUGGAAGCCAUCCACCUAUACCUGGUGAAGGAAUAUAUCAUUCGGCUCUGCAAGAAGCGGUUAGUGCUGAAAACUGCUGAACUUCAGCAAAACCUGGCCCGGUGGAUCUUGAUGGAUGCUGAGAACAUCCAGUGCUUCUGUGCUGAAAAUGGAUCUCCUGCAGCUUGGCUAGAGCCAGCCCUCCCUACCCUGGCAGAAAUCAUUCAUCUCCAGGAUACUAGCGCCAUCAAGAUUGAGGUGGCAACUUUUGCUAGUAGGUUUCCAGACUUCAGCAAAGGACACUUGGGAUCCAUCCUGAUCAUCAAGGGCAACUUGAGCAACAGUGAAAUCAAAAGCAUUAAAAAUAUAUUGGACGAUAGCACUUUGUUGACAAAAUCCUCCAAGUCCUUAUUUUCACAUAUAAAGGUUAGUUAGCUUUUAACCACAGCCUGGAAUGACCCAGCUCCUUGUUGCUCCCAUGGCCCUGACAACUCAAGACAAUCACAGAGAGACUGGAAUUUACUUCACUAUCCCCUUCCAUUAAUGAGUAGGCCAAACUAGAUGAUCUCUAAGGUACCUUUCAGUUCUGAUAUUCUCUGGCUCUAAGCUACUUCUCGUGUCUGGCCUUCAGUUGAGAUUUGUUCCAGAUAAAAUAUUCUGAAACAGAAUAUUUUUUAAAGUUUUAAGUUUUUAAAGUUUUAAAGUGACUUUAAAACUUAUUCCAACUCUGGGUUCUCUGGUCUGUGAUUCUACACCCCCUGCCAGCUCUGACAAAUUGCGUUUUCUCCAACCUCUUGCAUUCCUUCACUUGUAUGAGGAUCAGACCAAGAGAGGAGAGAUGCCUUCCCCAAAUUUCACAGCCAGAAAAUGUCUGAGCUGAGUCUAGAAUCCAGGUCUCUUACCUCCCAACCUUGGGCUUUCUCUCCUGCUCUCCACAGUCAGAACACUGAAGCCCAAAGUCAGAUGGGAAAGCUCCCAAGAAAAAGCUGCCCUUCCUGCCAGCCUCUUUUAUGGAAGGGCUCUCUCUGCUCCAUUUCUCUUCUCUCCAGUUCUUCCUAGCUACCAUGAAAUGUUCCUCAGUAGCUUUGGCACUGAUUUCCCCCCGCACUUGGGAGCAGCCUGCUGAGGCCUAAAGUCAGGACGGGAAAUGGAAGUCCUCAAGGUCCUAUGUUCAAGAAGCUCUUAGUGGAGAGAUAGAGACUUUUUUCUCUGGACUUUCCCCUGAACCUCUUGGAAACAACAUAUGUUCUCAUUUUCUCUUCUCUAGAGUUAUGCCUUAAGGUACUUUCACAGACACAAAUGUGAACACACUUGAAAUAUAAUUAUCCUUUCCAUAUCCCUCUGGGAAGCCAGAAGGAUUGGCUCUGAGAGGUGUUUCUAGACCAGGCAUCUUGGAAUUCUCUUUCCCUUCCACUAUCGGUGUUUAAAAUUUCUUAGUGACCAUGAUUGGAGCAUGAGGCCAGGGAUGCUCUGUCUCCCUUUUUGGGCUAGGGCCCAAAUUAAUGUAAAUUGUGUAUAUUGUAGAGAACUUUUUGUUUGUAUGUCUUUGUAUCUGGAAUUUGUACCUAAGUUUUUAUAGUUUGUUAUUAAAAGUUCUAUUGAAGAA